AUGUCAGCAAUGACAUUCCAAGAAAUCGUUUUUGCUGUCCUGUUUUCUGUAGUUCUGGUCUUCAAUAUAGCAGGAAAUUCUCUCGUUAUUUACAUCAUCACCAAUGGACGAGGAAUGAAAACCUCCACAAACUAUCUGCUGUUAAACUUAGCUGUUGCAGAUAUUUUAUGUGGUGUUUUUCUUACUCCUAAAUUCAUAAUCCAACCUUUCUUUCGUCAUUCCGUGCCAGAUGGAGUUCUUGGUGAGUGGCUGUGUAAACUGCUGUUAUUUUGUAACAUCGCAUGGAUGGCGUCCAGCGCUUCUAUUUUCACUAUGGUUUGUUUAUCAGUUGAACGAUACUUUGCUGUUUGUCGUCCUCACAACUUCCGUCAGCGUUUCUCGCCGAAGAUCGUCAAAGUGCUCGUUAUGGUGUCCUGGAUAUAUGCUGUUGUUGUUGCGUCCCCGACAUUUGUUUUUACCCAUUUCAGCAGAGAAAGUUUUGCUUGCGACAUGAACAUUCCAGGUCAUUCUAUCUUUAUUCUGAUAGAAUCAGUAUGUUUUUUAAUUUUGAUGGUGUUUCUCCUGACCAAGAUAUGCAUGUCCCUCUGGUGCAAGCAGACAGUCGAACCUACAGGAGAACGAGAUAUCGCCGACAACAAGAAGAAAAAGAAAGUCACUUGGUGUGUUCUUGCUGUAGUUGUCACAUUCAUCGUGUGUUGGUUUCCUUCUUAUUUAUAUUAUAUAAUAGAUGGAUUCACAUCCAGAACUCCAAUACUUGUCACAUUAUUGCUCGCGUCUGUUAACGCUGCUCUGGACCCGUAUCUAUUUAGCUUUCAAAGUUCUAGAUUCAAGGUUUUGAUCAAAAAAGUACUUUGCUGUAGAAAAGAGUCAUCGUAA